ACACACACGCACACAAGGAAAUCACAAUCGUUUGUUGUUUUUUUGCGACGGUCGGAGUUGUUUCGUGUAUGUGCGUGUGUUGCGUAUUGUUUGCCGAUUGUCCCUUGUUCCCUUCGGUCCCUUAGUGCUUCCUGACAAUAUGCAGACCAGUUUCGUGAAUGGUGCCGCUGGUUCUGCUUCACAGUCAGGAACGCAUAUUGCGCAACCGCGUAAGCUCGCCCGAAGUGUGCGAUGAACCAAAACACGACGACGACGACGACGACGACGGCUAUCAAGAGGGAAAUCACCGUUCGACGCUUUUCCAAUACGACGUAGAAAGGCCAGUGCGAGUUCAGUUCCCAAUGAAGCAUCACAACGCACGACGCAGUUUCAAGUUCAGAAGGUUGAACGUGCAAGAAACAAAAAAGCACUAGAGAGCGAGAGACAAUCCCGCUAAGCCAUUCUAAUUACCCACACACGCAUACAGUCUUUCGAAGGUGCCAAAAAAAGUACAAAGGAAAGUGAAAGGAACACAGGUGGUGGAUUGAGAAAACUCCGCAAGAAGAGAUGAACACACUUCCGGUUCCGUUCGGUGGGCGCGUGUGAACGUCAGGGAAAACGAUAAUACGCCCUUGGAAGGCCUUUUGUCGUACACAGGGGUCGGUGUCCGUUCGGUCCGGAAUCCCAGUGCAACGGUGGACCCCCAGCGGCGAGCCUUCACAAUGUCGGCCAGUGCCGGUGGGCUUGGUGGGACGGCCUCGGCCCUGCUCAAAUCGCCCCAGACAGCCCUCCAGCUGCUGCUGGAAGAGAUCAACUUUCAGCGUACGAAGGAGAUGCGGCAGCUGCUAAAGGACGACGGUGGUUUCGUCGUCCUGCAGGGUACGACCUACUGGACCGACCUGUUCGUGCGCCACUUUCUCUUCCAGUCCGAGCCGGAGCACAGCAUCGACUGUGACGAUCUGCUGUUCUUCGUGCGCAAGAAGCACAUCAAGGGUUCGUCGCGUGCGAUGCCCCGGUACGAGACGGAGAUCGAGGUGUUUCGGAAGGAUUCGCGCAAGCUGCCGAUCGGCGACCCGGACGUCGACUGGGAGGAAACCGUCUACCUGAACCUGGUGAUCCACCAGUUCAACUACACGCUCACGCUCGCCAUCUGCACGCGCACGUCGCCGAAGGAGCUGCAGGUGCUGCGGCGCCACUCGCAGAAGGUGUACGCGUCGCCGAGCCGCCGAAAGAUGGACACCAAGGGCGAUAGUGAGGAGAUCACCUAUCCGCACAUCUGCUUCAUGGUGGACAACUUCGACGAGGUGUUCCACGACAUACUGGUGCGCGACGGCGAGAUGGUGUGCGUCGAGCUGGUGGCGACCGAUCGGGACGGCAGCGUGCAGGGCGUCAUCUUUCUCGGCUCGAUACGGUACGACGCGCUCAAGAAGGUGUACGAUGCACGGCAAUCCAGCCUCGGCUCGAAGGUAGCACAACGAAUGUCCUUCGGUUUGUUCAGCUCCGGUGGCCCUCAGACGCGCUGCGAGUUCGUGCGCAUGAAGGGUCCGCAGGGCAAGGGUCACGCCGAGAUGGCCGUCACGAAACCGAAAGGAUCGGGCGUAGAAACGCCUACCAGCGAGCCCGGGUUCUGUGCCACCGACAUGUGGGACUCGGAGUGGGAGGAAGACUGCGAGGAGUACUACAACUAUCGGCAUCAGCGCCGGCUCAGCGACCCAAGCGCCAACCUGAACAACUUCAGCCGUUACGGCUGGCGCACGAAGAAUGCGACCGAUCCGGGCGGCUCCGCGUACGGCGGCUCGAAGGCACGCUCGGAAAACGAAGGGCUGGACUGUCUGGCGAACGAGGUGUCCGAAAUCGAGGCCGGUGAUUUGCGCGACGAUCGUCCUGCUUCCUCGUCCGCCAGCAUCGUGGACACGUCGCCGGUACAGCAGGGUGGCAGCAGCAAAUCGCCCACCGCCAGCAACGGCACGGCGCGGCACCGUGUCGACCCACUAGAGGGUCCUCCCUGCGUCCCGAGCGACAAGCUGGCCGCCUCCUCCUCGAGGACGGCGGGCUGUUGCAGUUGCUUCGGCCGGCCGGGGCGCAAGCGCUGGUCCACCGAUGCCGAUUCCGUCCAGAUGUCGGAGGUGUACGCACCGUGUCCGGCGUGCGGCGGCGGGGAAGCCGACCGGGACGAGGAGGCCGAAACCGGCCGCACCGCGUCGGAACGGAAGCGGCUGGAGUCGCUGGAGCUGCACGAUUCGCCCGCCUGUCUGGCGACGGUGUCGAAGGGCCGAUCGCCGCUGAUGAAGCAUCGCAACGUGCUGAUCGUGGAGAGUGAGCUGGAGUUUGCGGGUGGUGCGAAGGUGCGCACUGGCCCACAGCCCAGUACAGCCAACGAUAAGGGAACGGUGGUCAAGAAGAAACCCGCGGCCGAUGCGCUCAGCACGGUGAAGCGGCGGGAGAACGGUUCCAAAGCGAACCAGAGCCCAAAAAAGCGGCUCAGUACGCCCGUGUUUCGAUCGAAGCGUAGCAACAGCGGUACGGAGACAGCCGACCCGGCGAGCGGCAGCAAAGCGACCAACGGCAAGGCGAAGGCGUCGAACGCGAUCAACAACAACACCGGCAUCCAUCGACGGUCGGCCCCACCGUCCACCGCAACGGAGGCGACCGAGGCGACGGAAGAGUACGAGAUGGCAGACGACGCCGUGUCGCUGAACGGCGGCGACUUGACAGCGGCGAACGGCGAACCCUCCACCGCCGCGGCACUGAUCGACCCGAAGCAGCGGAUCCGGGUGAAUGGGCGCGAAGAGUUCCCGGCCGAGCGGAACAACCGUACGGCGAACGGGAACGGCAAUCAGGCGGGCGGUGAGAAGCUAGCCACGACGACGGCUGCCACGGUGGCAAACAUUAAGGAGCAUCGCGAACGACGAACCUCCACCAAUACUGUUCGAUCGUCGGCGGGUGGUAAUGGAGCGGCUCCCGGGAACGGCAGCGGUCGCUUUUCGCUCAUCUACCGGCGAAGCAAGUCAUCUUCGGCGUCGCCACCGGUCGUAGCCGGUAAAAGGGAGGACAAAAAGGGAAAGCAUUCUGGGGUGCUGAGCUCCGAUGCGGGGCGUAAAAAGACUCCACCGGUGCUGGGAGUGGAGGGCAAAAAGGAGGCUGAAGUCGGUCCGGUGCUAGCUGCAGAGCAGGAAGCGAAGACGGAAAAGCCGCCCGAGAAAGAGGAAACGGAUCUUUCGACGGGGGCCGUGAUCGAUGGGGACAUAAAUGGCAAUCCGGACGAGACGACGACGGAUGCGAAAACCGAAUCGACCGAUGGGCAGGAAACGACCGAAGAGAGCGAGCUCAGCAAUCGUGCCAUCUGGGCGGCACUGAAGGAGCUGCGGGCAAAGAAGGAGUGCUCCACGCUGCCGAAGGUGAAGAAACCGAGCUACAACAGUUUUUACGCGCGGCCAACAAUUCUUGCGGACGGUGCCGCUGCUGGACGGGACGGGACGACGGGACCGGACGGAGCGGCCGUAACGCCACCCGCCGGCGUAAACACGAUCCCCAGUCGCCGUACGCCCGAUGGCACGAACAUCUACUACCUGUGCGACUACCAUCCGAGGCGGCAUCAGCAUCACCAUGGCGAUAAAGAGCUCGACGACGGCGCGUACAACCCGCUGUGGACGACCAAAGGGUUUACGCAAACGUUUCACUUCUGGAAGGAGAACCGCCGCCAGCAGUCGACGCCACUGAACGCCUUCCUCACAUACGUCACGCUGCCGUGGUGGAGCAUAGCGAAAGAUCUUCUGGACCACCGGGAGCAACCGAUACUAACGUUUUAAGGGACGCCCCGAAACCGAAGCAUGGUUCCAUACCAACAGGACCUCAAUUAUCCUACUACUACUACUGGCUCUCGUCGACUCUUGUGGGGCUCAGCAUAAUGCCAGACGACACAAUGGCACCGAAAAAAGAAGGCUUUUUUAUUCAUUUAUUUCGAUAUACAAGCGGUAGACGAGGAGCGCGUUUUUAAUUCAAUCGAUCAAUUGAUCCUAGUCUAGUCAGUUCUGGGGAGUUCUGGCCGCACAGGCAGCAACAGCAGCAUUCCGUUCGGUGGGAACACAUUUUGUGAUAGUAACGCAUUCUUUCUUUUCCCAAGUCCCCUUAUCUCGUCCCCUGAGAGCUGUUGUCAGCUCCGGAGCUCACUGUGGGCAUCUUGCAGCCUUUAUCCACGUGUGUUGAGCAGUGGAACAACCAAAAUGGAGGGCGUUUAGCUAUAGGGUAUAAGGGGGAGACAGGGAAUAGCGAUGGGACGCAUCUUUAGCACCUUCGAAUCUCAAGGAAUCUUUGCAAUUUCUCACACUUAUGUACUUGCAUUUGAAUGUAAAAAUCAUUUUGUUUUUGUACCGUAAGCAUUGCGUCGUUUAGGUUUAAUGGCGCGUGGAAUUGUGUUCUGCUAAAUAAGUUGUCGUUUCGUAAGGGUUUGGUGAGUGGCGAAAAUAAAAAAAAUGGUUGGUGUUGUCAUUAAGA